AUGGACGAGGGUGAGGAGGCCGGGGCGGGCAGCGAGGGCGAGGGUGCGGACGACGGAGGAGAUGAUGAACAGAUGAAACUGGCGAAUCAAGCGGAGUUGCAGGCUCGCCGUCGCUUUCUUGCUGUGCAUCGCCCCCGCCAGCCUCCCUCGCUUGCUCGUGUCCGUCACAGCCUCCAGACCGUGCCAUACCCAAACAUUUCAUCAUCUCCACCACCACAAAGUCUCUGCUCAAUACAAAGCCUCCGCCUCGGCAUGGAUUCGCUCCUCGUCUCACAGGACUUCCAGUCCCCGCACCAUAACGAUUUUGACGGCAGCCAAUUCGACGGCUCCCCCAGCCUCGGUACUCCUUACGACUCGUUCGAAUUCACUCACGAUCUCUCCCACCCAGAGUCCCACUUUCCCCGCACUCCGUCAUACAACGGCUCAUACCAGAACUCUCCCUACUCCAUCAUCUCCGAUCUCCCACCUUUCGACGACGACCACAAUACUCUCAGUCUCUUCGAUAACCCGAACAGCAUUUCCCUCGCAGACGAGUACGAUCCCGCAGAGUACGACAUCCCCAAUUCGUCAGGCCUCUUGACUCUGGACGACGGAUUCAUGUCGAGCGAGAACUUCCCCCACGUCUCGAUCACCCCUCCCAUGUUGGACGGAAAGACUUCAGCGAUGGGCACUCCCUCCUUUGAUCACAGCUCCCCUGCGUCUAGCAACGGCGUAGAGGAGGAUACUAGGAGCAACGCAUCGUCGACGUCGGCAUACGUUCAGUCUUCUCCUCGCCUAGAUUUUACGACAAACUUUGAGAGUUUACGUUUCGAUUCCCCUGCAUGGGCAGCAGGACAAUUGCCCGCUACAGACAGGUCGUCGCCUCCUUCGCAGAAGCCUCAGUCGCCUCCCCAACUGGUGAUCCCUACCAGUCCCUCGCCGACAGGAUUUGAUACACAGUCUCCGCCGAUUAUCAAUGCUCCAGCUGGCGAUGGGUCUACGAUGACAGGGCCACAGUUGCACAUUGUCCCCGCUACUCCUGUCAGCGGUGGCGGCGAGAAUGCUCCUCCAGUGUUGUUCCAAUCCUCAGUGUCAGAUGGCCAGCAAUGCGUACGACCAUCUGACGGAGCUGGAUGGGAUCAACAGCCGCAGGCCCAACAUAUGUCGCCUCCAUCGCAGAGUCAAGGUCUGACAGGCGCGCAGUUUGCCGAUCACUCGUUCGCUCACAUCGGAUCAAACAUGCCAGGUUCCUCGGUAAUGGGUUACGGAGGCGAAACGCCUCGGGACAGCCAGCGUCCGCAACAGUUUUUGGUGCCUCAGGCGCCACAACGGACGAGAAGCCUUUCGGACACGUCGUUGCGCCCUCCAGUUUGGGAUACGGUCCCUAUGAUGAUGAACCAUCAAGGGUCCGCUGUGGGCGCUGAUGGGAGUAUGCUUGGUUCUCACGAUGGGAGGAGGCCUGCGUCCGCCGGGACUGUCAAUACAGUCAACAUGAAUGAUGUACUUCCUGGUCCAUCCUCUUCCAAUCUACUUCACCCCUCACUUCGCCCCCAACCCCCGGUUCGGCAUCCCGCCUCUGCAGGUCCACAGCAGAGCUCGUUCGGACUGGUUCAGCAGCAGUCUCUUGGGUCACAAAUUAGCUACGGGCUUUCGGGUCUCUUGAGUCCCAACUCAGGGACCGACUUUCUAACCCCUGGCAUUGCCGCCGCCGAUCUUCGUCGCGUCAAAUCAGAGAGUCGUGGUCACCGUCUGGUACGGUCUGAAGACUUACGCUACAGUACGCCUUCCACACCGUUCACUAAUUCCUCCGGGAUGCUCGUGCCGCCUCCGUCGUCUGCUCAGCAGGAGUUCAUUCGCGCAGCCGCGGCUCGUCAGUAUCUCCAUCCCUCUGAACCGGUUGUCUCUAUCACUCGCGGACAUCACCGCCGGGCAUCCUCGGGUUCGCGCGAGCGUCCCGGUGUGGGCGGCGUCACGGGAUGGAGCAGCGCCGCCAGUAGUGCGCGCGCAAGCCCGUAUCCCUCCCCGUCGGCCAGUCCUCGUCCGGGGUACGGCGCCCUUCCGGAUAUAUCGGGCAUGCCGGUGAAUGUGAGCAUGGCGGCGAUGAGGCGGACUGCACCCAGUGGGAUGAUGCACCUCGACAUGGGGAUGAAUGGAAUGGGUAGCAUUAAUAUGGAGCAGACUGGGGUGCCGACGCAUAUCGCAAAGGUGAAUGUGACGACCCCGAGUACUGCGGAUGCAAGUCAGAGGCGCCGGAAGCAGCCCGCCAACUUCCAGUGCCCAGUAGUCGGGUGCGGGAGUACGUUCACACGGCACUUCAAUCUCAAAGGGCACCUGCGAUCGCAUGCGGAGGAAAAACCCUUUCAGUGCAAAUGGCCUGGCUGUGGAAAGGGCUUUGCGCGGCAGCAUGAUUGCAAGCGCCAUGAACAGCUCCACCUCAAUAUCCGGCCGUACCCUUGCGAAGGCUGCAAGAAGAACUUUGCGCGGAUGGACGCACUCAAUCGUCAUCUGCGAUCCGAAGGCGGCGCGGAAUGCCGGAAGAUCCAAGACGAGAUCACGACGACGGGGCAAGAGAACGACAUCAGUGCACCCGGUACGCCCAAUAUGAAGCCUGACCCGGACGCUCCAUCGUGGGCCGGUUCUGGUGGAUAUGUCAUGUAG